AGAGAGCGCACCAUGGGCUUCUCGGAGCUGCUCCACACCAUCGGCGGCAUGGGAAAGUUCCAGAUCCUCCAGACUGCUCUCAUGAUGUUCCCCGCCCUCCUGAUCGGCUGUCACAACUUUCUGCAGAACUUCACCGCCAUAACCCCGGAGCAUCAUUGCCGGCCGGCCAACUGGACCAAUGGGUCUCAUGCCCCCGGCGGUGUGGGGGAUGGGGACUUACUGAGGGUCUUCAUCCCCCUGGACAAGGACCGGAAACCUGAGCGGUGCCUGCGGUUCUCUGAGCCCCAUUGGCAGAUCCUAAGCCUCAACGACACCUCCUCUUUAAGCUUGGACACCGAGGUCUGCCUGGAUGGGUGGGUGUAUGACCAGAGUGUUGCCUCCUCCAUCGUUUCUGAGUGGGACUUGGUGUGCAAGCACAAGUCACUGAAGUCCAUUGCCCAGUCCAUAUACAUGAUGGGACAGCUGGUCGGAGCUACUGUCUUUGGCAUCUUCUCUGACAGGUGAGGGGAGGAGGCCUGAGGAAAUCUCCAGAAGCUUCCAACUAGGCUAGAGUUCAUGCUAUCCCCCCACUGUCCUCAACGGCUCAGGACCCCACAGGAGAAGACCCCCGUACCUCCUUACCCUGCCAGACGACCAGGGCUACACCCGACACCUCAAACGGAGGGGUCAGGCUAGAGCGCUCGCCCCUCCCUGCCCAGGUCCCGGACACCCCAACUUUUCUAGAAGACAGUCCCUGUGCCUGCAUCUGAUGAGGGCUGGGGGUGGUGACACCUCCUUAUUUUGUUCUGCAAUGAAUUGCAAUCAUGACUCUCGAAUUACUCUCUGCUUGGGGAUGAAUUUGGAGUCACGCGGCAGAAGGACUUCAUCAUGGGAAUGGUGAUAAAGCUGCGUCCGUGGUCUUGUUUCUGCCAGCCAUGAUUUCCCCGCUGGGUUGCCUCCACGGGUCGCUUCCCGAGGAAGCAGGAGCCCCUGGCACAGUCACUGUUGCUGUAAGUGGCUGAUUCUAUGGAGCGCUCUCCCAGGUCCUCCCAAUAGCCCUGGGUGGCUGCUCCCAUUUCAGAGAUGACGCGGGGCUCAGCACCACUGGUCCCACGGAAAACUGAUUCCAGCGUGGACAUUUUGUCCAUGUUCUUGGAA